GUUCUGUCUUAAUCCAAACUUUUCGCUCUUCAAAGAAAGACGAAAACAAACAAAAUAAUAAUCCAUAAAAAAGAAAAAUAAAACAAAUAAAACAAAACCUCUCGACUUCAACACGGAGAGAUCGGCGAGAGCAAAGAGAAUCAGAAAGGAGAAGAAAAGAUGAUGUCAGGAGGUUAUACCAGUAUUGAUAAUCAGAAGGUUUCUGGGUCUGUUCCCGCGGUUUCAGAUCCCGGCCACGUCGCCGUCAAAUUCACUGAUUCGAGCCUUCAUACGUUUCCACCAUCAGGUGCACAGGGGAAGAUCUCUGGUGGAAUUCAACCUCCUCGUGAUGCCGAUGAUUCAUUUUCUGGACCUGCUGGUGGCUCUGAUGAACCUCAAGGAAGUGGCUGGUUUCGUACAUUCACAGUUGCUGCAUACAAGCCAUACUUUGAUGUUGAUACCGUAGAUGUUUUGGAUAGACUUAAGGAGUCACUCUUUCCAUUUAGAGGAACAUUUACAGAAAAAACAUCUACCAACCCAGAUUUAUAUGGACCAUUCUGGAUAUGCACCACUCUUAUAUUUGUAGCAGCAUCUAUUGGGACAUUUGUGACAUAUAUAGCACACAAACUCGAGAAAAAAGAAUGGAAUUAUGACAUAAAUCUGGUGACAUGGUCUGCUGGUGUGUUCUAUGGCUAUGUAACUGUGGUUCCUCUUGCCUUGUAUGUUAUUCUCAAGUACUUCUCAGCACCAUCAGGCCUUGUCCAGUUGUUUUGUCUGUAUGGAUACUCCUUAUUUGUCUAUAUUCCAGCACUGUGUCUAUCUGUUGUCCCCUUGGAAAUUUUCAGAUGGGUAAUAGCUGGUGUAGCCGGGUUCAUGUCAGCAACUUUUGUGGCACUUAAUCUCAAAGCUCAUAUUAAGUCAGCUGGAGAAAGAUGGUUCUUGAUCGUUGCUAGCAUCUUCCUGUUGCAGCUGGCGCUGGCUGUUGUGCUCAAGCUCUAUUUGUUCACCGUCACAGUGUAAGAAUAAACUGUUCUUUUAUAAAGCAAAUUCAGUUAGUUGUAGAUCAGAAAGAAAGAGAAUUUUGGUCCUUUGGCUUUUAAUCGUUUACAGUCUUUUGCGGAAAUAUUAUUUUUGAUCAAGUAAAACAUCUUGUAUUCAUUCAUUUGUAAUGCUGUGGCAAUAUAAAUACAAGUGACUGUUCCGGUGUAAUUUCAUUUUUUCA